UUUUAUUUAAAAAAUCUGGCAGCACUAGCGGCCGGUUUGGUGUUCCACAAGCGCGUAUUAAAUUUGCAUUUUUUACGCAAAAUGUUUGAUGUUGAACCUAUUUUUACCGAUCACAAGGAUGUUAUACACGAUGUGGUCUUUGAUUACUAUGGCCGCCGCAUGGCCACAUGUUCCAGCGAUCAGACUGUAAAGAUCUGGGACGAAGAUGCAUCCGGCAAAUGGAACGUGUCUAGCAGUUGGAAGGCUCAUUCAGGAUCAAUUUGGCGAGUGACAUGGGCACAUCCGGAAUUCGGCCAAGUAGUGGCCACCUGUUCGUUCGAUCGCACAGCUUCGGUGUGGGAGGAGGUUAUCGGGGAGAAGGUUUCCACAACGAAUGCGCCCACAAGGCGUUGGGUUAGACGCACCACUCUGGUGGAUUCACGAACCAGCGUCACCGAUGUGGAGUUUGCUCCUAAAUAUUUGGGCCUGCUGUUGGCUACUGCUUCGGCAGAUGGCAUUAUACGUAUAUACGAGGCACCCGACAUAAUGAAUCUUUCCCAAUGGCCUGUACAACAUGAGAUAGCCAAUAAAUUGUCGUUAAGUUGUCUCUCUUGGAACAAAUCCAUGUAUAUGGUCACCCAAUUGCUGGCUGCCGGCAGUGAUGACUCCGCCACGCCAACCGGCAAGGUCUUCCUGUUUGCCUAUAGCGAAAAUGCCCGUAAAUGUGUAAAAAUUGAGACUGUUAAUGACAUAACUGAUCCUGUGACAGAUGUGGCCUUUGCCCCCAAUGCAGGACGAACUUUCCAUAUGCUGGCUGUGGCCAGUAAAGAUCUCUACAUAGUCAACAUACGUGGAGUGACUGACUCUACCGGGACCUCCAAAUUGGACAUACAAACGGUUAAAUACAGUGAUCACAAUUGCCCGGUGUGGCGAGUCUGUUGGAAUAUGUUAGCGACAAUGCUUAUCUCUACGGGCGAUGAUGGUUGUGUGCGUCUCUGGCGCAUGAACUAUUCCCGCCAAUGGAGAUGUGCUGCCGUCCUAAAGGCCUGUACUGAAGGCGGUGGUCCUACCUAUGAGCCAGCACCGCCAACACCAACGUUGGCCAAUACAGCCUCAGCCACGGCCAAGUUCUAUAAAAAAGGCACCAUUGGCAAUCAAGUGCCCUGGCAUUAGUGGAAUGUGAAUUGUGUUAUUUUAGCUCCCCCCCUUUUAUACUAUAAUGUUAAUGUUUCUCCAAAUAAAAAAAACAACAAUAGUGUCUAAUUGUGAAGUUAAA